AUGGUUACUUUACAAACAUUUGCUGAUGAUACUGAUAAUAAUGAGGAUGUUCCGGGAAUGAUCUGUACGCCAGGACAAAAAUCAUCUACCAAGGUGAUCCAUUCAGAUCGUACCGAUACUAUCGUCCCGGCUCAACUUACGCUUUUAGAACAAAAAACGCUGCUACGUACAAUGAAACAAAAUAGUCGACUGAAAGCAACACUGAAAGGGAAAAAACCACCAAAAAUCACACGCGUGAUAACGUAUGCAACAUCAGAUGAUAUAACUAAUGCUGAUUGUUCUGCAAGAGAUGAUAACGCUUUUUCGGAAAAAGUCGAUGGUGAUUUAUUGACAAAAUUGAUUAAAAAUGGCCCAAAACAAUUUUCAUUCAAAUUUGAAGAAAUCAGAGAAAUACUUCUUCAGGGAGCACAAAUAUUUCUUGAAGAGCCAACAUUAUUAGAGGUUCCAUUACCUUGCGUAGUUUAUGGUGAUAUACAUGGCCAAUAUAGUGAUUUACAUCGAUGGUUUAAUUUAAAUGGAUGGCCAAGUCAAGUACGUAGUGUAUUUUUAGGUGAUUUCGUUGAUCGUGGUUCGCAUGGCAUCGAAGUAGUUGCAUUACUUACAGCACUUAAAAUUCGCUUCCCGAAAAAUAUUUUUUUGUGCCGUGGUAAUCAUGAAGAGGAAUCAUUGAAUCGUGCAUAUUCGUUUUAUGAAGAAGUUUGUGCCAGAUUUUCCGGAAAUCUCGAUGGUAAAGAUGGUCGAGCGCUAUAUCCUUAUUUUCGAAUUUUGUUCAAUAAUUUACCAUUGGCGGUACUUAUCGGAGGUCGAAUUCUUGGGAUGCAUGGUGGUAUUGGCCCGAGACUUACUUCACUUCAGGCAAUCCGAGAAAUUCGACGGCCUUUGCAAGAAUUUGAGGUUGGAUCACUGCAAUGUGAUUUGGUAUGGUCGGAUCCUGAUACAUCACCAGAUCGUACUGGUUUUCGAAGUAAUUUUGAACGUGAACCACUCUAUGGCAUUGGACAACUAUUUGCUUCCGAUACAGUACAAAAUCUUUGCAACACGUUGGGUAUCGACAUGCUGAUUCGUGGACAUCAGGCACCACUUCAUGGAUAUGCAUUAUUUUCGAAUGGUUGCAUGUUGACUUUAUUUUCAGCCCCCGGAUAUAAGGGAACAUCAAACAGUGAUAUUAAUAUCGGCGCAUCACUUGAAAUUUCAACCUCUAUGAAUAUUACCAUCAAACAGAUUCAAGUUACUGAGAAAUUUCGUCAGAAACGAAUCGCCGACAUUGAACAGAGGAAGAAAGCAAAUGUCAUCAGAGAACUCUCUCAACCUCGUCCACUGUUGAAGAGUAAUGAAUCGAUAUCGCAGUCAACAUCAUCACUUUUUCGAUAG